AUGGACACCAACCAUAGUGACAAAUCAAUGUAUCUUCGCGUCGUCGAUUUUAGUCCAUUACCAAAGCGAAUGCUAGCACCCAUCGAGGGCUAUGAAAACAUGCCACUUGUAUCAAUUGAAGACGCAGUAAAACCUCUGGUUAGCAUCGUACCAAGAGUCGAACGUAAUGUAUACAUCGUCAAGCAGAACUGUAAAAGCCCAGCAGAUGGCUUAACAACUGAUGAAUCUGCUUCGAUUAUGCUGUAUACGUACGAAUCGAUGCCACAUGAAAACUCACUUUAUGUCAUUCUCAACGAAACAUUACGUUCGGAAGAAAGACAGAAACUGAUUCCUUGGUUUUCCUAUUUACGACUUGUAUUAACAGCAGUGGCUCGUCUACCGUCCGACCGACAUUUUAUCAAUCGAGGAGUUCGAAAAGACUUACGUGCAGAAUAUCCAACAGGGAGCACUUUUAUUUGGUGGGCAUUUUCAUCUUGUACGUCGUCUGUCGCGGUGCUAGAAGCUGACAUGUUUUUAGGCAAAGCUGGAACCCGUACUUUGUUUCAAAUCGAUUGUCAUACUGGAAAGAAUAUUAAAAAUCAUUCAUUUUUGUCUAAGGAAGAUGAAAUUCUCUUGCUUCCUGGUAGACAAUUUCAAGUUAAAUCAUGUCUCGAUUCUGGCAACGGACUCCAUAUAAUACAAAUUAAAGAAAUAGAUCCACCGUACCCAUUACUUGAACCCGUUCUCGUACCAAGUCUAAUAGAACCUGCCAAGAAGAAUGCUAAUGUUGAGUCUCAAGCAACAGACAAGGAAACCCAGCCAGCAAUGCCACGUGAAUCAGGCACAGUAUCAUCCAACGUGCCAACUAUUCCUAAGAUACCUUCAGGUAAUGAUUCAUUAUGA